AUGCGCCCCCGCAGGUAUCCGGCCGAAACGAAAUAUCCCUGCCAGGUAUUAUCUACCCACCCCGACCCUCACACCCCUAUGACAGUACUUCUUGCAGCCUGCUGGUCUGAUAGUCAACUACCCCUCACAGAAUGUCCUUGUUCCAUAAAUCAUAAGGUUAUGUGCGGGGGUAGACACAACAGGGAUAGUUUACUUACCCAUAACACCCUGUACGCCAAGUUCAGAUCCUAAGGGAUAUAAAUAGAGAGCAUCCCGACGUCCCAAAGUCACCCAUAUAAUGUCCUGAAGAAUUGUUGUCAACAUAUUUUUCAUCACUGACAUACAUUGAACAAACGCAGUCAACGUACCUUUCACCCCUGACAUCAGAUAACAAUGCUCUUACUCUCAUGCACCCUUCUGUUGCUGUCGUCAGCAGUUCUUGCAGCUCCGCGGAUUCCCCCCGAGUGUUCUAGUGAUUGCGAUAGGCCUCCAGGCCCCCAAAUGGCUUUCAUGUUAAGGGGUGGUGUGAAUGGAGGCCCGAAUCAGGGAGUACCUAUAGUACCUAUGAAUGUACCGCUUCUGAUGCUCCCACCCCUUAUGAUGGGCAUGUUCCCCGCUAUGGGCGGUGGCGGUGGCGGUCGAGGGGGCGGCGGUGGUGGAGGACGCGGAGGAGGAGAUCCAAUCAUGGAAGCCAGGCGCCCUAACAAAAUACGGCCCACAAAGGCACAACACAGGCGAAUGAUUGGAAAGCGUGAGGCUGAGGAGGAUUUUGCGGGCAUCCAACGACCUCGAACUAUUGACAAGACUGAACACUAAUGUCCCAAGGUUGAUUACACCAUUCACUAGGAGGCCCUGGGGCUCAGAAGUCAUUAAGGCUGCACAGAGAAGCUGCUUGAGGAAGCGAAGAUAUGAUAAAUUGAAUGACCUGGAAGACAAGAGGAAGGAACCUUGUUAGGGUUAUCUACACUGCCUGUCGUUAUCAGUGAAAAUCUAUGGAUCUAUGGAUAUUCUUUCUC